AUGAGCAGUGUAGAUUCUGGUGGAGCCGGAGUGCAAGUGGUUAAACAAGUAGAUCCACCGACUUAUGCAAGUAAUGGCUUAGCCAGAUUGGCCAACUGUGUGACCAUGACCCCACCAACCCAUAUGACCACCCCUUAUCACACAGAUAUGGAGGUUGCAGUUGAACUUGAAGAUGAUCUAUUUUUUGCAGAUUUGAGCAAGGAAAUUGCUCUCCUAAUCAUGGAUGAAGAUGAAGACCCUCUUGCUUCUUGUCCUCCUGACUCUCUUCAGGCUUUUUCUGAGGCAAUUCAUCCUCCUCCACAGUUUGCUUUUCUCUAUGAGCAUGCUUGGAGGAGAGAAAGCAAAGGAACCGGUGUGUUUAUCCCCCAGGCAACACAGCCAAGAAGGAAGCAGAGGAAAGGAAGGGCUAGUUCAUACGCAAAACAUCAAAAGCAGUCUCAAGACACCAGAAUGGUUUCUCAAGUUCCUAACAAGAAUUCUUUCAAAACCAGAAAUGGAUAA